UGCGUGUACACAAACCAAACCGAACACACAAUCCAAAGUGACUCAUUUCGUGAAAUUUCUCGUUUACGAUUAGUAAGCGGUACUAUAAAUACGAACACCAUCUCCCAAAAUAAGUUUCUCAUCAUCGGUGAACCGAAUGAACCACAUACACUUCAUAACUUAAAGUGCUGUAUGGGGAACAAAUACUGGGUGGAUUCCAUUGAAAUCUGGGUACAAAGGACGAGUGAAUUAAUUGAUUUUCGGCGUCGAGCGUCCGUACACGUACACCCCAUGUACGCAUGACUGGGGGUACACGUACACAUGGUGCGAUGUGCGGCAAACUGUUUGAUUGGCCGAAUUCAUUGAAUCACGCAAAAUCUUCAAUCAGGUGAUUGGUCAGUACCUCGUUCGAGACACACAUGGGAGCAUAAGAGAGAUGUUGUCCAACAUAUUCCGUGCCCACGGGCACUACUGCUCCGCCCAUCCGUGGGAGGUCAUUGUUGGUACCCUGACUCUCACCAUAUGCAUGCUGUCUAUGGACUAUUUCACCAGUCUGCCCAAAGUCUGCGGCUGGAACUAUCACUGCACAGAGACGCAGGAUAUGAUGUCCUCAGAUGUUAUCAUCGUCACCCUGGCCAAUGCCAUGGCCGUCUUCUACAUCUACAUGCAGUUCCAUAAACUGAGAAAAGUCGGCUCCAAAUAUAUUCUCGGGGUUGCUGGACUGUUCACCAUAUUCUCCAGUUUUGUAUUCAGCAGUGCCGUCAUUCAUCUGUUUGGACUGGAGCUUACCGGCCUCAAUGAAGCGCUGCCGUUUUUCCUUCUCCUGAUCGACCUGUCCAAAGCCAGUGCCUUGACCAAGUUUGCGCUGAGUAGCGGUUCCCAGGGAGAAGUGCCGGAGAAUAUAGCCCAAGGCAUGGCCGUCCUGGGCCCCAAUAUCUCCCUGGAUGCGCUGGUCAUGAGCCUGGUGAUCGGUGUGGGGACUCUGUCAGGAAUUCCCAAGUUGGAAGUGAUGUGCUGCUUUGGAUGCCUGUCCGUGGUUGCAAACUUCUUUGUCUUCAUGACUUUCUUCCCCGCAUGCCUGUCACUUGUCCUAGAGCUUUCCAACAAUAACCCCAUCGGCCGUCCAGUCUGGCAACUCGGCCAGUUCACCAAGGUGCUUCAGGAAGAAGAAGACAAGAAACCCAACCCGGUCGUCCAACGGGUCAAGGUUAUUAUGUCCAUGGGUCUGGUGCUGGUCCACGUCCACAGCCACCUGAUGAAGGCAAGCGAUAGCACUCUUGGCGAGGUCAGCACCCUGGUCAACAUACCGGAGCUGGAGUUCUCCCGUAAAAUUGAGCCAGAAAUACCCCUCUGGCAGUUCAAUCUGAAAAAAUUCACCAGCCUCGGCAUGGAGCAAUUGGCCGUGCUGCUCCUGGCUGCUGUCCUGACCACCAAGUACAUCUUCGUUGACAAAACCGAGUCUGAAUCCGCGGAAGAAGAGACACCGGAGGAGCAGGCGACAGAUGGAGCCAUCGAAAACGAGCCAGAAACACAAACAGAAGAGCCGGCCGUCGUUGAGGAACUGCAGAAGAGCGCUUCCUGCGGAGUCCAGACAGACCCUGUCCGCUUUUCCCCCAAAGCCACCUUCACCGUCGGCGGGAAGGACUCGGACUCGGAGAGCAUCGGAGACGAAUCGGAGAGCACACGGGAUGAGAAUUCCAGACCCAGCUCCCCAACCGCUCCACGCUCCCUGCAGGAGUGCAUCACUAUCCUCAAUUCAGGAGAAGUCAUGGACCUGACGGAUGACGAAGUGCGACUCCUCGUCGCCACCAAACACAUCCCUGCUUACAAACUGGAAGACAUCUUGCAGGACCCUGAGAGAGGCGUGGCCAUCCGCAGACAGAUCUACAGCCAGCAGCUGCCCAAGGCAUGGGCGCUCAGUGACCUGCCUUACACCGGCUACCAGUACUCAUACGUCAUGGGGGCUUGCUGCGAGAACGUGAUUGGCUACAUGCCGUUACCGGUGGGCGUGGCCGGUCCCUUGCUGAUGGACGGAGAAGAGUUCUACGUCCCCAUGGGAACCACGGAGGGUUGCCUGGUAGCCAGCACCAACAGGGGAUGCAGAGCCAUUCAGGCUGCCGGUGGAGUCAAGAGUAUGGUUGUUGCUGACGGAAUGACAAGAGGACCGGUAGCAAGUCUACCCUCAGCCAAGGACGCGAGCGUGGUCAAACUCUGGCUGGAGGACCCGGACAACUUUGCGACCAUCAAGGAGAGCUUUGACUCCACCAGCCGCUUUGCUCGUCUCAAGAGCAUCCAGGUCAGCCUGGCUGGGCGUCAUCUCUUCAUGCGCUUCCAAGCUUUCACUGGCGACGCCAUGGGCAUGAACAUGCUGUCCAAGGGUACCGAGAAGGCCUUACGCAAGAUCCAAGAGCACUUCCCAAUCUUUGAGAUCCUGAGUCUCAGCGGCAACUACUGCACAGACAAGAAGCCGGCCGCCAUCAACUGGAUCGGCGGACGCGGCAAGUCGGUGGUCAGCGAAUGCACCAUACCAGCACACGUCAUAGAAAAGGUUUUGAAGACAUCAGUCCCUGCUCUAGUGGAGCUGAACAUCAACAAGAACCUGGUUGGUUCAGCCAUGGCAGGGAGCAUCGGUGGCUUCAACGCCCAUGCCUCUAACAUUGUCACUGCCAUCUACAUUGCAACUGGCCAGGACGUGGCUCAGAACAUCGGCAGCUCCAACUGCAUCACCCUGAUGGAGCCCUCGGGUCCCAAGGGGGAGAACCUGUACGUCAGUGUCACCAUGCCGUCCAUUGAGGUUGGCACCGUGGGCGGAGGCACGAUCCUGCCACCGCAAGGCUCCUGCUUGGAGAUGCUUGGUGUCAAGGGUGCCUGCCCAGAGGAUCCAGGCCGCAAUGCCCGCACCCUGGCCCGUAUCGUCUGCUCGACGGUCCUGGCCGGGGAGCUGUCUCUCAUGUCAGCGCUGGCUGCUGGACACCUUGUCAAGAGCCAUCUCAAACACAACAGAUCCUCACAGUGCGUGACUAACAGCUUGUCCAAGGGCCUGCCCACCAUCCCCGAGCACAAACGCAGCAAGUCGCUGGACCUGAGCUCCCCACGCCGGGCUGGACGCCACCUGCUGGACCAAGUGGGCACCUGCACCGACAAGGCCUCGUGACCCCAUUCCUCAAACAUUGGUUCCGUCUCUGAAGCUUCGGCUUAGGUCUCCAGCUCAGCGAAUGGAAUAGUGUGUGUGAACAGAGACAGAAGUCGAACCUGAAACCGAGAUUUCAGAAAUAACAGUACCUAAGUCAGUGCGAUUCCCAUAUCCGUUGCCACAGGACAAAAUAAGUAUGACCAAACGUCACACCUUUGGGUGUGUAUUUCAAUCAAAAGAUUAUUUAAAUGUUGAGGUUCGUGCUUACAGAUAAGUCUAUUUAUAGUGACUGUUCUAUUCAUACGUUGUACAUGUACUAUUAUUUCUUGUGGUUGAUCAAUAGAGAACCAUUAGUUUUGUAAAUAUGGUUGUUGUUCAGUAUCACACAUUUUGCUCCAGUCUCUACGAUUUUCCAUUUUCUCAUUCCCUAUUCUACAUUUUUGUGUUUUUCUCCGUUCCAACAAUUUGACAAUCUUUAUUAUUUCAGAACCUCCAUUGUUUGUUUCAUUCCCUUAGAGUAAUUGCUUUGUUGUUUCUUGACUAAAAAUGUCCAUCCUGCAUGAAUUUCUCAACUGUGGUUAUUUUUAAAAAUGAAAUGUACAGUUAACCAUAGUGUAAUUUGAAUAGCAGUGUGAGAUAGUGCUGCACGGUGUGGAAUUGUAUUCGAUUAUGCAGCUGAUGCGGUUACACAAUCGUUAGAUGAAGGAGAACUGUACCAAAGAAGGGGACGUGAAUUGUCCCAGGAUCUUGUCCCAAGAUCUUGUCAGCUGUGUGUAUAAUGUAUUGUACAUGUGUAUAUGAGUUAAAAUCAUAUUUUCUGUGGAAUUUUCAA